AUGCUGGGCCAAUUCGUGGGUUCCGCCAUGCUUUUGGCUGCUACAGCAAUCUUUCUUUACUACACCGCGUGGACCCUGUUGAUGCCUUUCGUUGACCCUGGACACCCUCUUCACGACCUCUUCCCUGCUCGUGUUUGGGCCAUCCGUAUUCCUGUUAUCCUCGCCUUGUUGGGCUCCGCUGUGGUAGGAACCUUCAUAGGGAUUGUGAUGAUCAACAGCAACAAGAAGAAGGCUGCCAAGGCCAAGGCUGCUGCGGCAAAGAAGAAGACUUGA